GCUCCCGCAGGGGGCGGUUGGGUCAGCUCGGGGGUGUCAUGGCGGCUGUGACGGUGCCCGCGUUCUUCCUCCCCUCUCUCCUCCUCCUCCUCUGCGCUGCCCCGGGCCCCGCGCUCUGCUGGAAGGAUCCGGGUAGGGUCCUGCUGAGGGAGGUGCAGGCCCUGACUCUGCACAGAGGCCGCUACACGACAGCCCGGCGGACAGCAGCAGUCCCGCAGUUACAGUGCACGGGAGGCACUGCUGGGUGCUCCCGUGUCCCCGAGGUUGUUCAGUGCUACAACAAAGGCUGGGAUGGCUACGAUGUACAGUGGCAGUGCAAAGCAGAGCUGGAAAACAGCCAGAGGUUUGGGCAGAUGGAAGUGAGCUGUGAAGGCUACGAUCAUCCUGAUGAUCCUUACAUCACCAGAGGCUCCUGCAGCCUGCUCUUCAGCCUGGAGCUGACUGAGGAAGGGGAAAGGAGAAUGAACUCCAACAGAUUUCACUCUGGCAAUUACCACCUGAAGGAUGAUUAUUCCAGCUGCGGGGUCGGAGCUCUUGUUUUGCUGGUUCUGGCUGUAGUUUAUGGAAUAUACAGUUAUUUCCAUGGAAAGUACUCCAGUGGGAACGAGCAGAAUUACGAGACUCUUCAUGACUGUAACGGGUUCUUUGGGCCUUACUCACAGACUCGGAACAUGCCUCCUCCUCCUGGUUUUAAGUCCAGCUUCACAGGAGACAACAACUUCGGGACUGAUUCCAAUCAUGGAACCAAUUCAGGACCAGGAUUUUGGACUGGAUUAGGAGCAGGAGGCUUGCUAGGCUACUUGGCUGGCAGUCACAGCAGAGCACAGCCACGUUCUACAUAUUUCAAUACCUGGGCAGAUGCUACAGCUCCACCUCCAGCCGGUGAGCACUCAAGCAACUCCACACACGGUGGCAGUUCAGGAACAAGAACUGCUUCUGGCUUUGGGGGCACCAAAAGAAGAUGAAAUCAAUGACAUUAUUACAUCUGAAUGGUUGAAGAAAAUCUUCCUGUAUGCUAGCAUUUUUUUGUUGUUUGUUAGUAGUAGACUUCAGAAGUGGAUAUGAGAAGUGUGAAGGAUGAAGCAAAGAAUUAAUCUUUCCCUGUGGAAACCUGGACUCUCCUGUUUGGAGUAUCACAGGUGCUGGAACAUCCACUGUUGCAAAACAGCAGCUUCUGAUAAGAUACAAAAUAAAAUCAUCCUAAGAAGAAUGCUAUUGCAGAGCCUAUAUAUCUCUCUGUACUUGAGGGAUUAUAGCAAUGGUUGCCUUACCAGUUUUUCAAAACAACUAACUUAUGUAACAAGCUUAAAUUUAAUCCAAAAUUUGUGAGUUUAUCCUUUUUUUUGGUGGUCUGGUAUCCGAAAGGUCAAGCAUGGAAUCCACCUGUUAUCUAAGGGGUGCUGCACUGUGAAGCUACUGUUGUUUGUCUUUGUAAAACUGCUGUGAACAUUACUGUGAGUGUACUUCAGAUACUCAGAUGGGUAUUGGAGUUUAUUUUCUUAGUGGAAAGGAGCAAAACUGUAUGUAGAGAGACUAAUACAACAUUUGUAUCUGUGCUGUGCAACUACUUGAGCCAAAAAUUGCAGAUUCAAGGAUAGUCUGUGUUGUAGGGUUCAUCCAAGUGGCUGUGCAAACCUAGAGGAUUUUGUGACUAAGUUAGGAAAAAAAUAAUUAAUAACCCAAAAUGAGACAAGAUGGUCCUUCUCUAAUUUGGGCCUUUUUCUGGAAGACUGGAGGUUAUUUAAAUUCAGGUGUCUACAGCCACUUUGCCCACAUUGAGGCUCCAGACUUUUCUUUUUAUGGUGGAUGUUAAUGCUGUGAAAACUUCAUUGUGACCACUCUGUCCUAAAGCUGAGCUGCCCAGGACAGUAUCUCUGGAACACAGCAAGCCUUGAGACUAAGCAAAGAAAGGAAUCUCUAGUGGGAUAUAAACUUUCCUGAAUAUACUUUAAAAAAACAAAGUGCUGUCACAGAGUGGGAGGCAGAGAGAGAUCUUGGCUUUGUUCUGUAGUGGCAUCUGGGGCUCUGAAAAGUGUUGUGUAGUUCUUGUGUGAUUAACUGUGCCCUGGGAGGGGCAUUGUUGAAAAACAAAACAAAACAGAGAAAUUCCUCAAAGGGAAAGGGGAAGCAUGAAAAAUGGGCUGCUUGACCACCAGGUCUUCUCCAGAGGCCAUCCUAGCACAGUUUGGAAGUGUGUGUGUGAGCAGCUUUUCUGUGCUGGCAGCAGUCUGAAAAGCACAGCUUUUACCCUUGAGAAAAUACUGUGUCCAGGAAUUAAUGUAAACUGUUAUAGCACAAGCAAGCUGAUCCAAGCUGCACCUUCUCAAGGAGAUUUAGCAGGUAUGGUUAGUCUAGGAAAGCAACUUCAGCAUUACUUAUUAAAAGCAACUAUGUCCACUUGUGAGUACAGGAGUGAUUGGCUAAAAUGGUAAUGCCUGGGUUCUGGCUUAAGCAACAGCAACAAAAUACAUUGAAGUCUUUAUUGGUCAACAGAAGCUACAGAAAAAAAUGUGGAGCUUGUGCUGAAAAUGUGAACAUCUUGCUAAAAUUGAUAACUUCAGAAUAAAGUAGUGUUUUGCUCCUCAGAGCAAAUUUCAGGGAAAUGCUGAAGACCUUACUGUUGGCUUAUUAGGAAGUUUUGCCUUUUAUGAGUAAAAGUAUAUGACAAGUCUUUGUCUUUUUCACCAACUGUAUAAAAAUAAUGUAUUUUAAAAUGAGGAGGUUUUACUUACUUUUAAGUGUAUUCAGGUUGAAACUUGUCAUAGUCAAUACUCUUUGGAAACUAAUUACAUAACAAUUAAACUAUAUUUUUUGCUAACUAAGUAGUAGGGUAGUUUGAAGCUGAAGUUUGCUUUCAAAUUAUGAUGUGUUGUGAAAUGUUCUAGACAAUGAUUUUACUUUUAUUCAUUUUUUGCAUGAAAUGUGAUUUGCUGCAUAAACUGCAUAAAUUAUCAUAGUUUCUGAAUCUGCUUAUGGGGUAUCCUUGCCUUUCCCUGUGAUAAAGUAAAUGCAUAUGGAGUAUGUUUGUCUUUAAAGCACCAUCUUGCAGCCUGCAGGGAGGGCAUUAUAUGUUUUUCAGGGUUGGUUGUGUCUCAAUACCAACUUUCCAGGAGUGUGAUAACAUCCUUCAUCCCCAGACACAGAGCUGGUCAGCUGUAUGUUGUUACAACAAAAUAAAAUAAUACUGGGAAUA